AUGGACUGGAAAAUAUUCACCCUUUCCAUUGCUCAGUCUCUAGGCUUGUCCACAGUGUUUGGUUACUGUAAUUAUAACCCGUUAACUAAAUCCUUCGACGAUUGCACUUCCUACGACGACUACAACUUUUACGGCUCCUACAAAUACUACAAUUACUACUCCUCCUUCUCCAAUACGCUGAGUGCUGGUCUAAUCGUUGGCAUUGUAUUUGGCGCCCUCACGGGAUUGGCGACGUUGAUUGGGUUCAUCGCCUUUUUGUAUCAUAUUCUAUGCAGAAAACCCACUCAAAAUCAGGGUGCACUAAUGCUCAUCCCCAACACAAGUGCAGGCACAGCUGUUGUACAAGCUACUCAGUCAUCUAUGCAGCCUUACCAUCAACAGGGGUUAUGCCCAGCUAAUACUGGUCAGAUGCAGACAAAUGGACAAGGCGUUGCAGCCUCUUUUGCUUCACCUCCCAAGUACAGUCCGCCACAACAAUCCACUAAAAAUCAAGAUCUCUAACCGAAAUGACAUUUUCCAUGACAAUAAGAAUGAAACAAAUAUUUUCUUUAAUCUGCUUUCUAACGUGCAUCGACUUCUCCUCCCCCAUUUUAUCACCGUUAACGUCUUUUCGUUUUUUGUGCUUAUUCUGUUUCUUUGAGGCUGUUUGUU